GAAAAUAAACAUGGACGGAUCGAGAGAGGGAGUGAAACACAGCGCUCCGUUCUUCGACACGGAUCUAGCAAACAUGUCAUCGUCGGAUUCCUCUGAGGAAGACAGCCAAGACAAGGGCUCUGUUAAGCGUAUUCAGGCGGCUCUUCUCGAGUCGGUUGACUCGCUGAACAGUGACAAGCUAGCGGCGAGAGAAACUGAUAUUCUCGACAACAGCAACCGCACCAGCACUGCGAGCUCAGCGUCCGUGGAGCCAGAAGGCCCAGAACAGGCGCAGCUUCCUAACGACCGACUGCCAAGCGUCUGUUGUCGUAGGCACGCCGCGUGCUCAGCAUCCGUCUGCGUCUACAGAUGAAGCCCUCAAGCGUGCAGCGUGCCGCGGCCGAGACAGGAGGAGAGGAGCUAGCA